GGGGCAGGGGCAGGACGAAAUGUGAUGAUAAGCGAAUACAGUUUGUUUGUACUUUGUUUAUAGUUAGUUGAAUGGCUACACCGAGAACCGUAUGUUGCGUGGGCGACAUCCAUGGCUUCAUAACUAAGCUCCAGAGCUUGUGGUCUAACCUCGAGCAAGCAGUUGGCUCCCCUGCUUUCCAAUCUGCUCUAAUUAUCUUCCUGGGCGAUUACUGCGACAGAGGCCCCAACACCAACGAAGUCCUUGAUUUCCUCAUUUCACUCCCCUCCAAUUACCCUAAUCAGCGCCAUGUCUUCCUCUGCGGCAACCAUGACUUCGCUUUCGCCGCCUUCUUGGGCCUUCUCCCCGCUCCCAUCGACGGCUCCGAUUUCUCCGCCACGUGGACGGAAUACGCGAUGAAUGAGGAGAGAGAGGGGUGGUACAAGGGCCACGGCUACGAGAAUAUGCAUCUGCAAGGGAGGAGGUGGGCGGGUAGGAUGAUUGGCUUCAAUCGCGCCAAAAACACCGAUUAUCAGGGCUCCAUUUACGAUGCUGCCCCUACUUUCGAAUCCUAUGGUGUUCCCCAUGGAUCUGCAGAGUUGAUGAAGGUAGUUCCGGACGAGCACAAGAAGUUUCUUACUGAUUUGGUUUGGAUUCAUGAAGAGGAAAAUGUAAGUAUAGAGACAGAAAAAGGAUUAAAGAGCUGUAAACUGAUAGCUGUACAUGCUGGUUUGGAGAAAGGUAAAGGGGUCAAAGAGCAGCUAGGUUAUCUGAAAGCCAAGGAUACAAGGAUCCCUAAAGUCGAACCCCUUAGUGGAAGAAAGAAUGUCUGGGACAUCCCGGAGGAAUUGAGUGAAACUCCAACUAUUGUGGUGAGUGGUCACCAUGGAAAGGUCCAUAUUGAAGAGUUGAGGUUAAUAAUUGAUCAAGGAGGUGGUAUGGUGAGUAACCCAGUGGCUGCUAUUGUGCUCCCAUCAAAGACCCUCGUGCUCGACACUGAACAAUUGGUGAAAUAAUCUCUCUAAUUUUCCAUCAGUUUCAUCAGAAACACUGAGAAUGUCAUGCUGUUUUUGUCGACUGAGCAGUUUCUUGGAUGGGAUUAGGGUUUAAGGUUUCUUAUAAGCUUCUAAUUAUCUUAUUACUUUUGUUGUUUGUUCUGAAGAGCUUGUUAUAGCCUCAUUCAUACGUUCAUCUAUAUUAAUGUGGCUGCCAGAAUUUGAUAA